UCUUGCCCCCCCAGUGAGGCCAAUGUGAACGACAUUUUAUUUUUGAUAAGGAUUUUAUUUGUGAAAAUUUAUGUGUAAUUUGUAUAAAUGACUUUAAAUAAAACAGUAGUCUUUUCAAUACAAGACUGAAAAUGAGUUAUAUUAGUGAUUUGUCUCAAUCUCAAGAAUACCUUAGUUUUAGAAGUAGUGUUCCAUUAAAACGAGUAGUAGUUGAUUCAGAUAACACAAAGGGAUGGAGAAUAUAUGAUUGUGGUCCUAAGAAGGUAAAAUGUCCAUUAAUUUGUCUUCCUCCUGCAUCAGGGACUGCAGAUAUAUUUUUUAAACAAGCUCUUGCGUUAUCAGCCAAAGGAAUCAGAGUGAUUUCAGCCGAAGCCCCUGUCUAUUGGAAUGUGAAAGAAUGGUGUGAGGGUUUUAGGAAACUUCUUGAUUAUUUAGGGAUUGUUAAAGCUCACAUUUUUGGGGCUUCUCUAGGCGGAUACUUGGCUCAAAAAUUUGCUGAAUACACAAUAAAAUGUCCAAGAGUAGCAUCUCUAAUUUUGUGCAAUACAUUUACUGACACUGCCAUUUUCAAUAAUCACGAGUCUGCAGCAAUUUUCUGGAUGUUACCAGGCCUCGUUUUGAAGAGAAUGAUUAUGAGUAAUUUCGGAUCAGCAAAGGUUGAUCCAGAAAUGGUUGAAGCCAUUGACUUUAUGGUUGAAAGGUUGGAAAGCCUUCCUCAAACUGAACUUGCCAGUAGACUUACACUUAAUUGCCUUAGAGGAUAUGUGGAAGCUCACAAACUGGCUGAUCUUCCCAUUACUGUCAUUGAUGUAUUUGAUGAAUAUGCCUUAUCAAAUGCUGUAAGAGAAGAGCUUUAUAAAUGUUACCCUAAUGCUAAGUUGGCUCAUCUUAAGACUGGUGGAAAUUUCCCAUAUUUAAGUCGUUGUUCCGAAGUAAAUUUGCAUUUACAGAUUCAUCUGCGACAGUUUGACGAUUCUGAUUUCUCGUCAUCAGACCGACCACUAAUUAACCGUUGUUGAAUUUUUACCAUUUAUAUUUUUGUACAUAAUUAUAAAUAUUAUAUUAAAAAAAUAACAAGGACACCAAAUUCCAUUUAAGAAUAAAACACUACUUUGUACAA